CCUUAUCCAAACCUUCACCGAACAACGAAAAACAAAACCGAAAAAAAAGUACACACAAGAAGCAUACGCCUAUUCCCAGCUACUAACACAAUCCUUAUCUGUUUAGUAUUCCCUCAAAAGAUAACGCAAACAUCUCCAUUUGAAAACAAAUAAACUCACUCAAAUAGGCAUGAGAAAAUGAUUGCCCUCAAGCCCAUUGUUCACGCUUCCUUGCACGCGUUCCACAACGCGCCGCCCCACACCGUGAGAGGUUCCGUUUGGUGCGUUUGCAAGUCGCAGGAGUCCGAUUCCGAGGGUUCCUCGGCGGAAGGAGAUGCUAAGAGCCAAGAGCUUCUGGCACGAAUCGCCAUGCUUCAGACGGAGAAGGUUCGCCUCACCGAUUUUCUGGAGGAGAGGUCUGCGUAUUUGUCGCAGUUUGGGGAAGAGGCCAAAGCUGAGUUUGACAAGAUCGGAGAAGAUGCUCUCAAAGAGUUGGAUGAAGCUGGUGCCAGAAUAACAGCAAACAUAGAGAGCGAAAUGCUAGCAUUCGAGGAAUCUACUGAACUUAACAAACUAGAGAUUGAGGAGAGUGAAAAGAAAAUAGAGGAGUUCGAGGACCAAAUGCAGAAGGACCGAAACGAAGGACUAUUCUUUAAGAACCUUGGACAGAAGGAACUUGCUGAUAAAGAAAAACCCAAGGAAGAGGUGGAAAAGAUCAAAGAUGUGAAAAUAGAAAACAGUGAAAACCAAACCUUGAAAAAUGUUUAUCUCUUCUUUAUUGGCCUGCUGACUUUUGGAAUAGUUGAUUCUGUUGCCUCAUCUUCAGGUGCUGAUUGGAAAAGAGUUUCAGUUCUUGGAGGUAUUCUUGUGCUAUUGUUUUCUUUAUUCAUCAAUGAACAAAACAAGGACCAAAAGAAAGACUGAGAAGAAAACUCAAAGUUCAUUUUCAUUUUGAGAAAAAUAAGUUUCUGGGGGAUGACAUUGUGAAUUGGUAAUGCAUGUUUGAACUUGGACUGAUGCAUCAACCAGCUUUUUGGCUUAAAAUUCUGCUGAGAUAUUGCUGAUGUCAAAACAGUAAUGUAGAAUUACUUUAAAAAUCUUGUGUUGAUGCUGAAAAUAUAUGUACAUAGCUUUUAGGAGCAUCUUCAUCUGUGGCUGUUACAAAUUUAUAUUUAGAAGCAAACUGUGUUUCUAAGUCUUUCUCUCA